AUGGAAAACCUGCGGCUUUGCCGGGGCGACAACAUGGGCUCGCGAGAUGUCGUCCCCGGCCUGAUGAUUCGUCUCCAGCAGGACCAGGAAUGCUACGAUUUUCUGAAGUGGUGGGCUACGACCGGCCAGAAGCACGACUAUGAUUGGGGUAACACCACUCUGCCGUACCUUGACAUCAAGAACGCCAAUCCGCUCGAACCAGUCGAUAUGUUCUGUGACAAGUUGAUUGAUCUUCACCAUCUCGUUUCUGUGACUCUAGUCAAGGCCAAAGUGCUUCAAGUUAUCCUCACACGCAUGAGAUCUCCUGAUGAAAGUGUUGCCCACAUGCUGGGACUCAGACUCGAACCAUCGACUAUCGCCAACUGUGCGGACGGAUGGCUCGAAGGUGUGAGAUUAAAGGCCCAGAUUCGCGUUUUGUACGAGAACGUCCACAAAUUGAACCCCCACUUUUGGCCGGCCCUUGUGAAUCCAGGUGGAAAUUUGGAGGCCAAAACCACAAUGUUUUCGAUUGGGAGCGCGGACCAGAUGCGAGUGGCCUUGAACUUGACCUAUGAAGCAUGGCACGAGGCUCCUGGGGCCAUUGCUGUUAUUGAGAUGGCCAUUGAGAUAAACCUUGAUGAGGUCCCCGUCAACUAG